GUCAACCUUGGGUCCUUUUCCUCAGACCCCUCCCCAUCCGGCCUCUGCUCCCGUCCCUAGGGCCCGGGUCUGUCAUUGGCGAAGGACCCCACCAUGUUGCAGGGAAGAAUACUCGCCCGCUUUCUGGCACAGCAGCAUGGAGUUAGGCACUGCUCUUACACAGCCUCUAGGAAAAACUUGUACAUUAACAAGGACACUAAAGUAAUAUGCCAAGGAUUCACCGGAAAGCAGGGCACGUUUCAUAGCCAGCAGGCGCUGGAAUACGGCACAAAGUUAGUCGGAGGUGUUUCCCCUGGUAAAGGAGGCAGCACUCAUCUCGGCCUACCUGUUUUCAACUCGGUUGCAGAGGCCAAGCAAGCGACCGGUGCAACAGCCACUGUUAUUUACGUGCCCCCUCCGUUCGCUGGUGCUGCUAUUCAUGAAGCUAUUGAAGCCGAGAUCCCGCUGGUAGUUUGUAUUACUGAAGGAAUCCCUCAACAGGACAUGGUGCGUGUGAAGCACAGGCUCCUUCGCCAGGCUGUAACCAGAUUAAUAGGACCCAACUGUCCUGGAGUCAUCAAUCCCGGAGAAUGUAAGAUUGGAAUCAUGCCCGGUCACAUUCACAAGAAAGGCCGCAUUGGUAUUGUGUCGAGAUCUGGAACUCUGACUUACGAAGCUGUUCAUCAGACAACGCAGGUUGGAUUGGGGCAGUCGUUGUGCAUCGGCGUUGGUGGAGAUCCAUUCAACGGAACCAACUUCAUCGACUGCCUCGACGUCUUCCUGAAGGAUCCUAAAACAGAAGGCAUCAUCUUGAUCGGGGAAAUCGGUGGCAGCGCCGAGGAAAAUGCGGCUGACUUCUUAAAGGAACACAAUUCCGGCCCUAACGCCAAGCCUGUGGUUUCGUUCAUCGCUGGGCUGACCGCUCCCCCAGGCAGAAGAAUGGGACACGCCGGGGCAAUCAUCGCGGGCGGGAAAGGUGGAGCGAAAGAGAAGAUUGCCGCUUUGCAGAGAGCCGGCGUGGUUGUCAGUAUGUCUCCGGCUCAGCUGGGCAGCACCAUGCACAAGGAAUUUGAGAAGAGGAAGAUGCUGUAGAAGAACGGAAGAGAGGUCUUCUCCGUACACUUCCACCAUAUCGUCCAUCUUGUUUCUGUUGCGUACCGAGGAUUACUCCAUUGUCUUGCACCACCACAUGAAGCCAUAACUGUUAUUUUAUUUCUCCUAACACAGAGUCUAAGAUGGGUCUCUUCAUAUGACUGUACGUCCUUCCCAAAUAAAUUCUUGCAUUUAUUUUGGAUGCUA